AUGAGCGACGGUGACACAGCACGUGUGAAACGUGAGAAUGUUUGCACGUUUGGUUUGUUUAGUCGGGUACUGGAGAAGAAAAAUCAGAAAACAGAAGGUCGACAAUCAUCUUAUGGUAUUAUGAGAGACCAGCGAAAGCCAUCGACGAAGAUGCGAGAUGUCUUGGCCGCUUUCGAUGCGAUUUCAUCUCCAUUCACUUCAUUAGAUUUUGGAUUACUUUUCGAGAUCACAGUGUGA